AGAACCCCAAGGGCAAGGCAGACCCACACUCUGUCUCCCUCUCCGCUUCUGUCUCCAUCUGCCCCUUUGCACUCCUGCCCCCAAUCCUUGUGGGUCUCUGCCCCUCUGCGCACCUUCGCUCAAAACCCCACCUCUGGGCACUGAGCACCCAGGGCCCCCAGGGCACGCACUGUGACCCUUCUGCAUUCCCGCCUUCCGGACCCCCUGGCCAGUGGAUAAGCCCCAGCCUGCGCGUGGAGCUCCCAGCCCCGGGCUCACCAGGGUGAAAUCUGAGCUCCUUCCUAGGAGGGAGGGCUGGGAGAGGCCCAGGGAAAGCAGGGGAGGUGCAGGCUGCAGGCUGGAGGGCACGGCAGUCCCAGCGGAGAUGGCGGACAGGCUGUACGCAGGCGGCGAGGACUACCAGAAGGAGUUCCACCCCGGGGACUACCUGCGCACCUACUACGCCUUCGACUCGGGGCCUGUGGCCGAGAACGAGAUCCUGAAAUUUAACCUGGAAAAUCUCUUCCAAACUUUCUCCGCAGGGCCUGUUCCCGCAGGAGGAGUGGGGGGCGACGUCCUGAUUGACAUCGGCUCGGGCCCCACCGUCUACCAGCUGCUGUCGGCUUGUGAGGCCUUCCGCGAGAUCAUCGUCACGGACUACUUGGAGCAGAACCUGCGGGAGCUGCAGCGGUGGCUGAGUGGGGAGCCCGGGGCCUAUGACUGGUCCCCCGCGGUGCAGUACGUUUGUGAGCUGGAGGGAGACAGGAGCAGGUGGCGGGAGAAGGAGGCCCGGCUCCGGAAGGCAGUGACGCGGCUGCUGCAGUGCGACGUGACCAAGCCUCAUCCACUGGAGCCGGCGCAAGUGCCGCCAGCGGACUGCGUGCUCACCCUGCUGGCCCUGGAGAGCGCCUGUCCCGACGUGGCCGCCUACCGCGCGGCCGUGCGGGCCCUGGUCGGCCUGCUGAAGCCCGGCGGGCACCUGGUCGCCAUGGCGGCCUUGCGCUCCCAGCACUACAUGGUGGGGGCCAAGAAGUUCUUCGGGCUCCACCUGGAGAAGGAGACGGUGGAGCAGGCUGUGCAGGAGGCGGGCUGCCAGGUGCUCCGGUGCGACCACCGCCGCCUCAGCUACUCUGAGGCCUGCUCCAUCAACGAGGGCGUGUGCUUCGUGGUUGCCCGCAAGGGCCCCGCCCCCUGAGACCAGCCUGGCCAAGCGGGGCCUGCCCCGAGGGGAAGUCGCAGCCGGCAGGGGCACAGUCCCGCUCCCUCGCCCCUAAAGGCCGGAGCUCCGCCCCUUCUCUCCUCUGACCUGCUCCCAAGGUCACAGGUGCAAAGCCAGGAUCCCUUGGCACCCAGCCUAGGGAUCUGUCCUUCAUGCCCCUCCCUUGCGACCCUGCACCAAAGGUCAUAAAAAUAAAGUGGAUUCACUGGC